CCCUCUCCUAUCAUCGAUCAUGGCUUCCAAGAAACAAGUUGAUCUCAUUCUCCUUGUCUCCCUCCUCAUACUAUCGUCCAUCAUCAUCGUCAAGCCCUCUCAUGCCGAUGAUUGUCCCACAGAAAAAACCGGUGGCAAAAUCGCCGUCUACUGGGGACAAAACAGUGAAUCCGAUGAAGGAAACUUAGCCGAAGCAUGCGACGCUGAUCUCUACAACACCACCGUCAUCGCUUACCUCCAUGUCUCCGGCAGCACAAGAUACUUAGACUUGAGAGACCACUGUCCUUCCGGCGAUUGCACAGUCCUAGCGCCGCAAAUUCGUCACUGUCAAAGCAACAAAGGCAUCCAAGUCUUUCUUUCCGUUGAAAUAGAUGCCGUCGAUGACCCUAUUUCCUUGGCACAGUAUCUCUCCGAUAACUUUCUCAGCGGCAAAUCAGGCCCUCUCGGAGCGGUGGCCUUAGACGGCAUCGAUAUUGCCCACUUCGAAUACAGCUCUGAGCCAUGGCACAAGCUCGUGGCGGCCAUUAGGGCUUCGACCGACAGAAAGAUAUACAUAUCAGGAGCCCCAUAUUGCCAUACCACCUUGGACAGCACAAUCGAGAAAGGUGAUUUUGACUAUCUCUGGGUGUUAUACUUCGGUGAAUGGGCCACAUGUGAAUAUUUAGGAAACGACGACUUCUCAAACCUUCUUGAAUCAUGGUCCACAUGGACGUCGAAGCCAGUUUUAGCUGAUACCUUAGUGUUCUUAGGCUUAGUAGCAUCAGAUGAGCCAUCUGCAGCAUCCUAUGGUUACAUACCACCAGAAAAGCUCAAGUCUCAAGUUCUUCCGACCGUGACGGAAUCUUCAAACUUCGGAGGAAUCAUGCUCUGGAACAGGUAUUAUGAUAAGGAAACUGGUUAUAGUACUGAGAUUAAGGAUGCUUUUGGCACGAAGGUUUGUGAAUGCGUGUGCCAGGCUGCCGCAUCGAGGAGAUUUAACAGUCUCUUGGCCAAAUCUGUGUAAGAUGCAUGACACGUACUACAUAUAAAUAUAUAAAUAACAGCAAGCUAUAGGCUAGCAUGCCAGUGUGCGAGUGUGAUGUAUGUAUGUUUGACUACUACCAUGUAAUAGCUCUUGCUUUAAAUAAAGAUCCACUUCUAUAA